CAAGCUGCUUCUAGAUUUGCAGACCCCGAAUAAACAAAUCUGAAUCCCCCUUCCCUCGACUCUACGCACAAGAGCAGAGCCAAAAAACAACCAGCUUGAGAUCUAAAUUGUUCGAACCCUAACUGUCUGGCUUCUUCGUCCUUUCAUGGCGGAAAACUGUAAAUCACGCACUCGAGCGGCGUUGUUUUCUCUAAUCCUCUUAUGUUCGACAUUUAGUAAUCUUAAUCUAAUACCCGUAGCAGAAGCUAUAUGGUUCCAGAUUCCGAGUUCGGGAACCAAGUGUGUUUCGGAGGAGAUCCAGAACAACGUUGUCGUUCUCGCUGAUUAUUAUGUUAUUAACGAGGAUCGGCCAGAACAUACCCCAUUGGUCUCUGCUAAGGUGACAUCUCCAUAUGGGAACAAUCUUCACCACAGUGAAAAUGUAACUCAUGGUCAGUUUGCGUUUACAACAUCAGAGGCUGGUAACUACAUGGCAUGUUUCUGGCUGGAUGACCAUCAGCAACAAGCUGGAACCACUACUUUGAGCCUUGACUGGAAAAUUGGAAUUGCUGCGAAGGAUUGGGAUUCAGUAGCGAAGAAAGAAAAGAUUGAGGGCGUUGAGCUUGACCUGAGGAGACUUGAAGGAACAGUUCAAUCCAUUCACAAUAAUCUAAUCUAUCUCCGGGAAAGGGAAGCAGAGAUGAGGGAAGUCAGUGAAAGAACUAAUGCCAGAGUUGCGUGGUUUAGCAUCAUGUCUCUCGGUCUCUGCAUUGUGGUUGCAGUUUUCCAGCUGUGGCAUUUGAAGCGCUUCUUCGAAAAGAAAAAGCUUAUAUAGAUCUCAUUCUGUAUUCGUCAACAGUAGAAAACUGUGUUCAAUGCUUGUACCAUAGUGUUUUACGUUUUCGUGAUUUUUCUUACUGCUCAUUAUCAGUGCCAUAUUAGGUGGUCAGAGAAUAGGAAAAAUGACAAUAGAGUUAAAAACUGAGAUUCCAGAAAACAAUUGAUAUGCCUAAGAAAUUGGUCUGAGAAAAUGAUUGCCAUGAACUAGGUAGUUCUUGUCU